CUAGCGUCAGCUGUAUGCGUGCGCGUGCGCGUGAGGUUGUACGGGUGUUUAUUUAUUUCUGAGCCAAGCGUUUCGUCUUUCAACUGGUGUAGGGAUUAAAACAGCGUCGAUUCAGAAUGAUCUGAAGUAAGAGAAGGUCGAGAGGGGCUGGGAUGGCGGUGUGUGCUCUAACUGUGCUUGACGGGCUCGGCGAGGAGGCCACGGCUUUGGGCGGUGUGGUCGUCCUGUUCCUGGCUGUGGUCCUUGCCUGGCUGUCUACCCACGUGGCCGACCGCGGAGAUCACAUUCUGGGGACCAUUCUCACCGUGGGCGCCCACGCCUCCCUCAUCGGCCUCGGGGGUCACGACAGCUACGCCAACCCCCCACCCAGCUCAGAGCCCAGCGAGCAGCAGGACGAAGAGCCCGUGGAGGAGGAGAAGCAGGAAGAGGGAGAGGCCCGGCCGGAUGGGCGAGAGGAUGUGCCUGGAGAGGAGCUGCUGGAUAUUCAGGGUGGGAGAAAGAAAGUGAGCUAUGUUCAGGGUGAUGAAAGAGAAGAGGGGAAGGAGGAAGGGACGGAAGAGGAGGCAGAGGAUGAGGCCGCCAGUAUCACUGUGAGACUGAAGUUCCUGAAUGACACGGAGGAGCUGGCACUACUCAGACCACAGGACACCGUUGGACUGCUGAAGAGUAAAUACUUCUCUGGCCGUGAACAUCAGAUUAAGCUCAUCUACCAGGGUCAGCUGUUGCAGGACCCUCAGCGCUCUCUCCUGUCCCUCAACAUCACCCACAACAGCGUCCUCCACUGUCACAUCUCUCAAGCCCAGGCGCUGCGUGAGGCGGCCACAGAGGAGAACCCUCGAGCCGGGAGGGGCUCCAUACUCAGCGGGGGGCUGCGCUCGGCCGGCGUGGCUCUCAGCACAGGAAGCCUGGUGAUCCCCGUGUUCGUGGUGCUGCUCGCCGUCGUCUGGUACUUCCGAAUCAACUACCGCCAGCUGUUCACUGCCCCGGCCACCAUCUCUUUGAUUGGGGUCACGGUCUUCUUCAGCUUCCUCAUCUUCGGCAUGCACAGUCGAUGAGAAGAUGGAUGAAGAGAGGAAUGAUGCCAGUAUUAGGGAAACGAUAGGACGUGAAAAUAAUCAAUCAGUGGUAGCCGAGAAAGUUCUCAGGGAGCCCUCGAGGGUUCUGGUGCCAUUUAGAGGUCUGAAGUCGAGUGUGCGGUGAGAUGUGUGCUAGUGCUUUCAGCUUCAUUUAUGAGCAGGACAAAGUAACACUGCUAUAUAAUUUAGCUUCUUAAAAAAAAUAGCUUUAUAAUUAUUUAAUCUCUGCGUAGCUUCUAUGUGUAAAGUGAAGUCAGGAUCCCACGCCUGACUGGGCUUUUCAUUUAGAGGAAUCGCAAUUUGUGUCGACUGAUUGGUUUUUAUCAAUUAUGUGUCUCUUCUUCACUGGUAAUAGCACCACUAUCGUCUGUAGUAGCAACAAAUGUCAUAUGUUCAGAUCUCAGUACACAAAUAACAGAUGUGAUGUGCUAGUUAUUUUGAGACAUCAGUUUACUCGAACUCGUUUUUGAUGUUUGUGAUUGAAGGAUUUUUUUGUUUCUUUUGCCAGUGUCACUGAAAUCUGUAUUUAUUUCACACUUAUUUCUACAUAACAGUCUGGUUUCGCAUGUCUGUUGCUAGUUACAGCUCAUAGUUAUCAUUUAGGACAUAAGAGUUUUAUACAUGAAGAUUUUCCAUGCAAACACACUGUAGAAAACUCACUGCAUUUCAUGUGUGACACCGAUAACAAAGCAAAUAAUUUUUUCUCCUGUGUAAAAUCUGUAUAUAAGCAAUGUAUUUACUGUAGAUAAAUCAAAAGGGGCAUAGAGGAACCUUAAAGCUCUCUGACAAGUUUGAUGGUUCUUGUAUGAAUGGGUCACUUUUGUCAGCAAAAUCUGCAUAUGUUUUAGGGGAAAACUAGUCUACCUUCUCAUUCGCGCUAUAACAGACAACUAGCACCUCUUUAAUUAAAAUGCAUUUUGGUUUUGCGUUGCAGUAAUUCUGAAUAAAAUUGCUCAUCUUUUAAUUUUUUUUUGUUCUUAUCCACACACACACACAAUAAACAUAUAUAUAUUGGAGCCAGUAACGUCCACUCUAUGGAAAAAGUCAUACAUGCUUGGAAAUUGGAAUUAAAUGAGGUUGAAUAAAUCAUGACAAUUUUUGGGUGAACUGUCCUUUUAAGAGUAGUUUACGAAUGAGUGUGAGAACUGAGUGAGAAAAAUUUAUUUAGUGUUACAGAGCUACUACAGUUCAUUGAGAGCCAGAGCAAUAACUGAGCAUCACACAAGAAACAUCCACCCACAGCAAUGGUAUAUCCUAAGUUGUACUAUGUUUUUGCUUUUUUUCUCCA